CAGUUCAUACUUCAUACGUUUGGCUCGGCCUUCGCCCUUCGCUCGAGUUUGCUUUGUUGUUGCCUGCAGUUGCCGACGAACUAGUUUUGCGCCUCGCCGCGACCGUGUGAUGUGACCUGUUGAUUUAUUACUCAUCGUGUUUUGUGCUUUUGUCUGUGAUAAAAAUGACAUGAUGCUGUUUAAAAAUGUUUUAAGUGGUGCGCGUUAAGUGUUUGUGUUCAGUGUAAAAUGGGUUUGAUAACUUCAAGGGAGCAGACAAUGUUGGACGGUCCGGUGGCGUCGGCGAAGAGCCACCAUGUACGGCAGCCUUCGACUAGGAACCGGACGAAACCCCCGAUGCCGGACCGGGAUGAGUUGGAAAACCGUUUCGUCAAAGUUUUGGCGUCUAUGGACCUUCCCCCGGACAAAGCGAAACUGCUACGCAACUAUGACCUGGAGAAGAAAUGGGAGAUCAUCUGCGACCAGGACAUGGUGCAGGCGAAGGACUCGCCGGCGCACUACCUCAACAAGCUCAGAACGUACCUCGACCCCAAAGCUUCCAGGAGUCACAGGAAACGAAAAAUGGUCGGCGACUCAACUUCGACGCAAGUCCUCAGGGACUUGGAGAUUUCGUUACGAACAAACCAUAUAGAAUGGGUGCGCGAAUUCCUAAACGAACAAAACCAGGGUCUGGACGUGCUGAUCGACUACCUGAGCUUCAGGCUCAGCAUGAUGCGGCAUGAGCAGAGGAUCGCACUCGCUAGGAGUCAGUCCAGCGAUGGGAUCAACCAAGUAAACACAACAACAUCAGAAUGCAGUGGUCCAACAGAAACAGGGUCCACAAUGUCGGCUUCGUGGCGGCGGAGGGCGCGCAGUGCAGAGGCCGAGUGUGAGGGUGCAGCGAGCCCCGCCGUUGCUAGGCGACGGACGAGGCACGCCGCCCGGCUGAACAUGGGCGCCUCCACCGAUGAUAUACACGUCUGCAUCAUGUGCAUGCGGGCUAUCAUGAAUAAUAAGUAUGGCUUCAACAUGGUGAUCCAGCAUCGUGAAGCGAUCAACAGUAUAGCUCUCUCCCUGGUCCACCACUCGCUGCGGACCAAAGCCCUGGUGCUGGAACUGCUGGCUGCCAUCUGCCUGGUCAAGGGCGGCCACCAGAUCAUACUCUCUGCCUUCGAUAACUUUAAAGAGGUCGUUGGAGAGCCCCGGCGGUUUCACACGCUCAUGGAGUACUUUAUGAAUUAUGAUAAUUUUCAUAUUGAGUUUAUGGUGGCGUGCAUGCAGUUUGUGAAUAUAAUAGUGCAUUCUGUGGAGGACAUGAACUUCAGAGUGCAUCUACAGUAUGAGUUCACUGCGCUAAAGCUGGACGACUAUCUCGAGAGGCUACGGUUGUGUGAGAGCGAUGACUUACAGGUGCAAAUCUCAGCGUACUUGGACAACGUGUUCGACGUGGCCGCGUUGAUGGAGGACAGCGAGACCAAGACUGCAGCUCUCGAGAAGGUCAACGAACUCGAAGAUGAAUUAGGACAUGCACACGAAAGAAUGGCGGCACUAGAGAGAGAAGCUAUAGCGAAGCUGGCGACCCUGGAGUCGGAGCUGGCGGCUGUUAGAGCCGAGAGAGACCAGCUCGCUGAGGCCAGGAGACAGGUCGUGGAGGAGGUAUCGACGCUACGUCGCGCGCAGCAGGACUCGCGCAACCGGCAGUCGAUGUUGGAGUCCAAGGUCCAGGAACUUGAAUCUCUCACCAAAUCCCUGCCCAGGGGAGCUUCCAUGGGUGCUAUAUCCUCACACGCGUUAUGCAACGGCACUACAAAUGGUCACGGCGGUUCCUCUCCUCCCCUUCCAAACGGUGAUACGCCGACAUCAAAGUGUCCCCCUCCCCCUCCGCCACCCGCGCCGGCCCCGCCCGCACCACCCGCACCCCCUCCAGCAGCCCCAUGUCCCCCACCCCCUCCUCCACCACCGCUGCUAGCUCCCGCACCCCCUCCCCCCGCACCCCCUGCACCCGGCCUCAUGGCACCCCCCAUGCACACAGACGCCAUGACCAUCAAGAGGAAGGUGGAUACUAAGUAUAAGCUGCCCACGCUCAACUGGAUCGCGCUCAAACCUAAUCAAGUACGCGGCACAAUAUUCAACGAACUAGACGAGGAGCGCCCCCGCCGCCGGAUCAACUUCGCGGAGUUCGAGGAGAAGUUCCGGCUGGGGGGCGCGGUGGGCGCCGCCCCCGACCCCGACAGCGACACCCUCGCCUCCUUCCCCAGCAAGAGGUUCAGGAAACCAGACACCGUGUCGUUGCUGGAGCAUACAAGGCUUAGGAAUAUAGCAAUAUCAAGAAGAAAGCUCGACACACCCGUAGAAAAGGUGAUCGCAGCCGUCAACAGUUUAGACCUCAAACAGCUACCACUAGAAAGCGUAGAGAUCCUUCAGCGUAUGGUGCCGACAGAGGCAGAACAGAAAGCAUACAAAGAAUAUGUCGCUGAGAAGAAACCAAUAAACCAACUAACGGAGGAAGACAAAUUCCUAAUGCAACUGACCAAAGUAGAACGCAUAUCGGCGAAGCUCUCCAUCAUGAGCUAUAUGGGAAAUUUCUUCGACAACAUUCACCUGAUCACGCCGCAAAUACAUGCCAUCAUUUCUGGCUCCUCCUCAGUCAAAUCGUCCACAAAACUACGCAAUGUACUGGAAAUUAUUCUAGCAUUUGGUAAUUAUUUGAAUAGUAGUAAGCGGGGGCCGGCGUACGGUUUCAAACUGCAGUCUUUGGAUACGCUGAUGGAUACCAAGUCGACGGAUAAGAGAAUAUCUCUCCUGCACUACAUCGUGGCCACCAUUAGACAGAACUUCCCCGAGCUGAUGAACUUCGAUACCGAGCUGCUGUACAUCGAUAAGGCGGCUCAAGUGUCCCUGGAGAACGUGGCGGGCGACGUGUCGGAGUUGGAGCGCGGCAUGGAGCUGGUCCGGCGCGAGGCGGAGGCCCGCGACUGCCUGCGGGCCGCGCCCCACGUGCUGCGGGACUUCCUCGCCAACGCCAGCGACAAGCUGCGCCGGCUCCGGGGGGAGACCAAACAUGCACAGGACUCGUUCGCGUCCUGUGUGGAGUACUUCGGUGAGGCGCCGCGAGGCUGCGACGCCAAUGCUUUCUUCUCGCUGCUCGUCCGGUUCACGAGAGCGUUCAAGCAAGCAGACGCGGAGAACGAGCAGCGCCGGCGGCUGGAGCAGGCCGCGCAGCACGCCGACCACGUCGACCCCAACAAGGCCAAGCUCGCGCAGAAGAAGCAACAGGAGGCUGUAAUCAACGAAUUAAAAACGAAAUCUCAGGCCGUCGGCGAAAAGAAACUGCUUCACCAAGACGAGGUAUACAACGGAGCGCUGGAGGACAUCUUGCAUGGCUUAAGGAGCGAGCCCUACCGCCGCGCUGACGCCGUCCGGCGCUCGCACCGCCGCCGCAUCAACUCCCACCGACUGUCCAAGGGACUCGAGGAACUGGAUGUAUGAUACGAGCUCGACUCCAGUGACGCACUGGAAUCCCCCGUACAAAACGCAGUCAACUCCAUCAACGCUAGGUGCAACACGGACAAAAAGAAACGGCGCAAGGACCUCGAGAUGGUCCACAAAAAACAAUCGAUAGCUAUCUACAACAUAGAGGACAAUGUGACUGAGUUCCCCCCCAGCGAGCCCCGGAAGAGGUCCACGUACCGCGUGGCCCCCGCGCCCAUGGACUGCGAGGUCGAGGAGCGCUGCGAGCUCAUCAAGUCUACUUACGAAGUCAUUUCGAAGUACACGAGAGCCAUGUUUGAUAAACAAAACGAAACCGUCGUAUGAACGAUGUGCCUAUUUUAUAUUUCGCGUGUAUUGCACUCAUUUACUUAGUCUUAAAUAUAUAUUCAACGUUAUUGGCUUGUAGUUAAAUUGGCCUAAAAGGUACGGAGUUAUAAACGUCCAAUUACAGACAAUUCGAUUUUUGAAACCGUUAAGUGUUGCCAUUUAAAAAUAAUUACCCUGAAAGCCGGGUGCAAUAUAUGUAAGAGUAUACUAACUUUGAUACGCCUACGAUUCAUUCCAUUCCACACGCGACAGCGAUAUCCAGUAUUUUGCUACGAUACCAUUUACACGAGUGUUUUUAAUUUUCUAUACGAAAGCUUAGCUUUUAGUAUUUUUGUAUGUGCCCAUAGCUAAUUCAGACACUCAAUAAAAUACUUUUUAAUGGAACUGAGUCACGAAUCUCAAGCACAAAAUUAAAAAGAAUAGGACCAAAUUCGAAUAUAGAAUUCAAUAGAGAAAUCUCGUGAAGCUAUGGGCAGUUAGUCCCGCUAGAUCAAAAAUGGCCUUUGAAAUUAGACGCACAGGUUUUGUACCGCGAUUUUUUCGAAUUUUAACAUAGGAAAUAGGUAUAAAUGUAACAGUGUCCUUAUAUAUGUACACAUAUACACGAAUAUGAACCAAUAAACGAUUUUUAGUAAUAUAUAAUUGAUAAAUAUAGUAUGUAACAUACGCAUUUAUGAUAAUAGCAUUUUUACCUACUUGUGAUAGUUCAAAUUUCUUUUGUAAACGAUAUAAUGUUUAUUGGCUCCCUUGUUUUCCUUUUAAAAUACAGUAAUUAUUUUAUCAUGCAUAGUUUAAGUGUAAGUGUUCUUGUUCAUCUAUUGUGAACUUUAUUUCCUUUGAGUAAAGUUGAAAGCCAGUUGAUUCAUCAGUAUGUUACUUUCAAAAUAAAAACAAGGGUGUCUGCAUGUAUCUGAUAUUAGUCCUUACAUGACACUGUAGCUGUAAUUAUAUUAUUUAUACGAUUCUAUUCCAACUAGAUUAAGUUUUGUAUACAAACCUUCUCCCCUAUAAAAUUUAUAAUUUUUUGAUCUGGCAAUAAUCUGAUUUGAAAUUCGAAUAAGUUAAUUUAAUUAUUGUAAAUAUGUGUUCGUUUUUCACCCUGUGAAAGUUCCAAUUUCAGAACUAUACACGUUUAAAUAGAAAAAUGUAAAUAUUGUAUUUUUUAUAUUAUUAUCUAUUCACUCAAGUUACUUGAGCAUUUAAGCGGGCAAUAUAAUUUUUAAUGUACCUAUGUAUUUAAUAAUAUGCCUGAAAUCGGUACUUUUACAUUAUAAUUAUCGAAUGAAUAAGUUUUAAUUAAUUUAAUUGAUCCAGUGGAUGAUAUAAUUUAAUAUAUUGUAUGUAUGAUGCUUCAGCACUUACCUGGGCGCGUAACGUUUGUAAUACAAUAAAAUAAUUCAAUUAUUUAAGAAUACAAACAAGAACUCCCUUGUUUUCUAUUCAAAAUGGCGCAAUAUGGUCCGCACAAAACAUAAUUUGAUUUAUUUAAUUAAUUGGGAAGUAAUCAAUCAGUUUUUUUAUGAUUAUUUUGUAUGUAUUUACAUCAAUGGCUACGCUCUCAGGUUUCGUUAUAAAAUAGAGGUGCUUUACCGCACAGUAGCUUCUAAUUACGUUUGCUAAGUCAUGACAAAAUGAUGAAAAUGAAUAUUCGUUCGGGAGUUGUAUAAGAUAUACAGGGUUACGUUAAACAAAAUGUUUGCACAAAUUUUAAUUGAUUUUAGACAAUUUUAUGGUUGUUUCGUAAUUUGGGAUGGAGACAAGUAAUACUAAAUUAAUAUUAAAUUGGAUAAUGUCGUUCUAAAACCAUAAUUUCUUCUGAAAUAGCGAAAUAUUGUUUGUUGGGUUGUAAAAUAAAGGCGACAAGAUAUCAAAUUACAUGACUUUUUCUCACUUAUUUUUACCGCACAAAUGCUAGAAAUUGCGAAAUGACCAUAAAAUUGAUUAAAAUAAUUUUAUAUCGAGUCUUAUUAUUGCGUUGUGUAUUAUUAUUGUCGAUACAGUUUCUCAAGUUAUACGUUUUUCGAUAUUAUUAUUAUUAUUUCCCGAAUACACAUGAUAGUGCCUUCUCUAUCAUUAACAAUCGUACCCACCAUUUUACCCCACCAUAGAGGUAAAAUUACCCAGAUUUCUUCAAUGUUGCCAAGAGAUAAAAUCGUGUAAUUUUUUCAUGUUAAUAAAUCAGUUUAUGGAGUUACGGUUUAAUAUUAAUUUAUUAUAGUUGAGCGUUUUGUUUAUAAUUUGUAUUUUAUUUCUUGGCGAUAUUUUAGUAGUCUGACUGUAUUUUAUUAUUGUAUUAUUCUACCCGCUACGUACCUAUAAUAAGAUGUAUUUUUAAAUAGUAUUUCAAAUAAGUGUAAUGUAACAGUAUGUGCCUAUCCAAUUUUUUAUUCAUCUAGCAAUAACUUGCUUUAAAUAUUACAUAGUACCAAAUAAUUUUAAACUCUUUAUACCUAUGUAACAUGUAACCAUUUUUAUAUAAGACUAUAUACCCAACUUGUUCCUUUUAAAAGUAUUUCUUAAAAUUAAAUAUACAUUUUAAAACCUUUCAUUUGUAUUCGGGAACUAUUUAAGUUUAGUAGAAAUUUAUAGAAACGUUUUGUGUAUAGUUAUGUAUUCGAUUUCUGAGUUUUUGUUAGUAUCGCAUGUACGCUAGCAUAGUAACAGUAUUCGGAUGCAAUAAAAUAAAUAAAACAUACAUCUAA